AUGGCUACACCUUCUGCCUCUCUCGUCGACUUUGGAAAGCAACAUGUCACCAACGGAUUAGGUCGCCUGACAGAAGAUGUGUUCGAAAAGGGAACGGGCUCCUGGGUGACGAUGAAGAGCGGCCGCCGAAUCCUUGACUUCACUUGCGGGAUCGGUGUCACUAAUCUUGGUCAUUGCCACCCAAAGGUCAGCAAGGCGGCAGCGGACCAAUGCAUGAAUCUCGUGCACGGCCAGUGCAGUAUUGCUUUCCACGAGCCUUACCUCCGUCUCAUCGAGAAGCUCCUCCCGAUGAUGCCCGACAAGUCUCUCGAUUCGUUCUUCUUCUGGAACUCCGGAUCCGAGGCUGUCGAGGGCGCAAUCAAGAUGGCGCGCACCAUUACCGGGCGGCCCAACAUUAUCGCGAUGCAGGGCGGGUACCACGGGAGGACGUUUGGCGCAAUGGCGGUGACGAAGAGCAAGACUAUUUACAGCGAAGGCGUUGCUCCCCUCAUGCCUGGUGUGUUUACUGCGCCUUAUCCUUACUGGCACCACUACUCUGGCUCGCCCUCCACGAGCGAGGAGGAGCUUGUCCGCGCUUGUCUGUACCAGGUUGAGCUCGUGCUCUCGCAGCAGAGCGCACCAAAGGACACUGCUGCCAUCCUGCUCGAACCUGUUCUCGGCGAGGGCGGAUACGUCCCCGCGCCCACUGCGUGGCUGCAGGGCUUAAGGGACAUAUGUGACAAGCAUGGGAUCCUGUUGAUCAUCGAUGAAGUGCAGAGUGGAUUCGGAAGGACGGGCCAUAACUUUUACAUCGAAGCGAGUGGGGUGAAGCCGGAUAUCCUGACCAUGGCGAAAGGUCUAGCCAAUGGAUUCCCGCUGAGUGGUAUCGUGAGCAGGAAGGAGUUGACGGAUAAGUUGAAGCCCGGGUCCAUGGGCGGGACGUAUGCUGGCAAUGCCGUGUCGUGCGCGGCGGCCAUUGCCGUCGCAGAUGCGUUCAAAGAGGAGAACAUCCUUGCCAACGUGCAGGCCAGGUCAAAGGAGCUCUUCGAUUCCCUGAACGCUCUCCGCCAAUCGGCUGCUGGCGAGCACAUCCUCGACGUGCGCGGCAAGGGCCUGAUGGUCGCGGUCGAGUUCGCGUCUCCCUCGCAUUCCGCCUACGACCCGGCUGUUCGAAGCAACGCGCCAAAGGGCUUUGCGAGCAGGGUGUCGAAGAAGUGCCUCGAGAAGGGCAUGUUCCUGCUCACGACGUCCGUGUACGAGGCGGUGAGGUUCAUCCCGCCACUCAACAUCUCGCAGGAGGAUUUGGCAACCGGGUGCACAAUCUUCAACGAAGCUGUCGAGGAAGUGGUCCGGGAGGGGUGAUGAGAUGUGGAGAGUAGCAGACAAAAUGAAUGACAGGCAUCGAAAGUAGUAAUGACUGCCCUUGUGUGUCCAACGAACGCAGAACGGAAUGGAGGUGCGGUCU